AAAAAAAAAAACAAACCAAAAAUCAACGCGGGUUACGCGCAUGCACACGGAGCUGCUCCGCGACGCCGCUGACGUCAUCACAGCGCGCCGCGCCAUGAGCGCGACCGAGGGCGGCCCCGGCGGCCCCGGGGGUCCCGGGGGUUCCGACCCCGGCGGGAGCCGCAAAACUCGGGGGCGGCCGCGCCUCACCGAAACGGACCGGGCUCGGCGGCGCCUGGAGUCGCGCAAGAAGUACGACGUGCGGCGGGUGUACCUCGGCGAGGCGCACGGGCCCUGGGUGGAGCUGCGGCGCCGCAGCGGAUGGAGCGACGCGAAGCUGGCGGCUUACCUGCUGGGGCUGGAGCGGGGACAGCGCGCGGGGCGGCGCGGCAAACCCUGGGAGCAGCUCCCGAAAAAGCCCAAACGCAAGAAAAGGCGCCGGCGGAACGUGAACUGCCUGCGGCACGCGGUGAUCUGGUACGAGGACCACCGGCAGCGCUGCCCGUACGAGCCGCGCCUGGCGGAGCUGGACCCCUCGGUGGGGCUCUACACCACGGCCGUGUGGCAAUGUGAGCGUGGCCACCGCUACUUCCAGGACCUGCACUCGCCCCUGCGGCCCCUCAGCGACUCCGACGGCGAUGACGCCCCCGGCUCCUCUUCCUCCUCCUCAUCUUCCUCCUCCUCCUCUUCGGGGGGCUGCAGCUCUGGCUCAGAGGCAGCACCAGGGGGGGGUCCUGCAGUGCCAGCCCCACCUCCCGGGGGUCCAGCCCCCCCUGAGGCCUUGGAGGCCGUGGUUUGUGUCCCCCUGCCACUGCCCCUCCCUGCCCGGGGGGGGCUGGAUGAGGGUGGUCCCCCCACCCUCCUGCAGGGACCCCCACUCCUCAUCCUGGCUGGGCCCGGCUACGAGGCCCUGGGGGGGCUCCAGCUCGAUGUGGGGGGGCACGAGGUGCUGCUGGAAGGGGGGGGAUCCUUCCCUGCCCCACCUGUGGAGCCUCACCUGCCUAAGACAGCCCCACUGAUGGCAGAGGAGGAUGAGGAGGACCCACCCCCCCCUCCAGAGCCCCCCCGGGAGCCCCCCCGGGACCCUUCCCCAGCUGAGGACACCGAGGUGUCGACGAUAAUCUACGAGAUCCCCAAAGAGCCAGAAAGGCGCCGGCGGAGCAGGAGGGGCCGUGACCCCUCCCCAGACCCAGAGGACCCCCCCGACCCCCUCACCUGCCCCUACGCCGGCUGUGGGCAGGAGUUCAGCGCUCUCAGCAGCUUCCAGAACCACGUGAACCUGGUGCACCGCAAGGGCCGGACCCAGGUGUGCCCCCAGCCCGGCUGUGGGAAGAGGUUUUACCUGGCAAAUCACCUGCGCCGGCACAUGGGCGUCCACUCAGGUGUGCGGGAAUUCACCUGUGACACCUGCGGGAAGUCUUUCAAGCGCAAGAACCACCUGGAAGUGCACAGGAGGACGCACACUGGGGAGACCCCCCUGCAGUGCGAGGUGUGUGGAUACCGCUGCCGCCAGCGUGCGUCCCUGACGUGGCACAUGAGGAGACACGGGGGGCUCAAGAGUCACCCUGAGCCUCGUGGCACGUAGGGGAUCCCCCUUACCUUGAUUCACCUGGACUCACCUGGGCCCCCACCUGCUCGCCAGCACCCCCCGAUGUACCUGAAGCUGCACCUGGAGGUGAAGAAGAAUCACCUGGAGGCGGGGGGGGGGGGGGGCGUCCUGAGCACCUGAGGGACCCCCUCAGCUCAGGGCUGUCCUUGUAUGUCCCCCCCACCUCACAGGUGACCCUGUGGCUCCCCCCACCCCGACCAGGUGGCCCUGUUGCCCUCCCCCCCUCACCUUUAUUUAUUUCCUUACUCUCGCUUGUCACUCUCCCUCCCUGGGGACACCUGGGUGUUGGAGGAGGUCUGGGGACAUUUUGGGGACUUCCCACCCCCUCCGG